AAGAAGGAUGAAAGAGAAGUCACCAGUAACACUUCCUGUCUUCCUCUCCGGUUGGUUCAUUUCCCUGAAACCCUCGUUUUGAUCUCAGAUCCCACGCAUAAACAAGAGAUAAUGCUGCCCUUUCCACUCUCAACCAACAAUGGAACCUCUCUUCUGUGCAAAACAAAACCAACUCUUUCCCUACAAACACCCCUUUUCAGACCCAAUUCAUCAACACAUCUUAACUACUACAAUACCCCCUACACGUCACUCUCUCAAAAAGUCAACGCACCCCACAAAACCAAUCUGAUAUAUAGAACUAGUAACCGGCGUUUGCUACCUCCACUUCUCUGCGGCAAUUCGUCGAACACUUUGAGUGCAAGUGAAGAUAGUGGUGGUAACAGUGGUGGGAGUGUGUUGGAGGCUAUUGGGGAGGUGAUAUCGACGGGGUUUCCGAUAUGGGUGGCGUUGGGUUGCGGUUUGGGGCUUGUGAGGCCCGAAUCGUUCAACUGGGUCCAGCCUAAAUGGACCAUGAUGGGUAUUACGUUUACUAUGUUUGGGAUGGGGAUGACACUUACGUUUGAUGAUCUUAAAGGGGCUUUAGCUAUGCCUAAAGAGUUGUUGGCGGGUUUUUGUCUUCAGUAUUCGAUAAUGCCAUUAUCAGGAUAUUUCAUCAGCAAACUUUUAAAUUUGCCCUCAUAUUAUGCUGCGGGAUUGAUAUUGGUCGGCUGCUGCCCGGGGGGAACCGCAAGUAACAUCGUGACUUACAUUGCAAGGGGAAAUGUUGCCCUCUCGGUGUUAAUGACCGCUGCAAGCACUGUUUCAGCUGUGGUUAUGACUCCGUUCCUCACUGCUAAGUUAGCGGGCCAAUUUGUCGCAGUAGAUGCAUUUGGACUUCUUAUUUCCACACUGCAGGUUGUGCUGCUUCCGGUGUUGGUGGGUGCGUUUAUGAACCAAUACUUUAAAGGGGUCGUGAAAAUCGUAUCUCCAUUGAUGCCACCAUUUGCUGUAGCAACCGUAGCUGUACUUUGCGGGAAUGCAAUUGCUCAAAGCUCGUCUGCAAUCCUUAUGUCGGGUCAACAAGUGGUUCUUGCUGCACUUCUUCUUCAUGUGUCGGGAUUUUUUUUCGGUUAUUUUUUUUCAAGAGUUCUUGGGAUUGAUGUGUCGUCUUCAAGAACAAUAUCUAUCGAAGUUGGAAUGCAGAACUCGGUGCUUGGUGUAGUUCUUGCUACACAACACUUUGGAAACCCUUUGACUGCGGUACCAUGUGCAGUUUCUAGUGUUUGUCACUCGAUUCUUGGGAGCGCGUUAGCAGGAAUUUGGAGAAGAAUGAAAUCUGAAACUCAGGAAGUGAAACAAAACCCAUAAAUCUGACUCUUUGUUGUAUCAGCUGAUCUGUUUUUUUUUUUUUUUUUAAAUCAAUAUAACUUGUAUGUUGAUUCGGUUAAUGUGGUUCACUGUUGUAUCAGCUGAUCUGUUUUUUUAUUUUUUUUUUAAUUUUUUUUAAAUCAAUAUAACUGUGGUUCACAAUUCUGCAUUAGGUUGCUAAUCUUGGAGGUGAAUCGGAUUAUUUCAUGACAUAUAUAAGCUUUGUUUGCUUCAUUUUUCGGCUAUUUAUAAUGUUAAAGGUGGAUAGUGAAAAACUGAAGUUAAUGUAUC